ACACAGGGGCACAGGUCAACGCUAUCUCUACCCGUCUAGCUGCGAAAUUGCGUCUUAAGCCCAAAGCUAAUACGAAGAAAUUAAUUCGGCUUCCAACGGGGGUCACAUCACAUCGCCAGGCCGCGUGGAGGUGCCAUUCAGCUUCAGGGGGGAAGACGCAAUCACGGAUCUAGAUUGCUUUAUCCUCCCGCAUUGUACGCGCGACUUGAUUCUCUCAGGGCCUUUCCUCCGGGUCACUGAGACGUUGACGAAGUACAAAAGUAGGGUCGUCGCUGCUGUUCGCAAGGGCAGCAGAAGACUUGGCUUAAACGUCUACUUGGGAACGAAAAGCGGCGACUUCAUGGCCUUAUCAAUGGAGAACCUGUCCAGGCUCUCCCAGAUACCAGGUCCGACAUCAUGGCUGUUUCUGAAGCUUAUGCAUUGUCCCGCGGCUUCGAUAUCGACAGGAAUCUAGAGCAUUAUCUUGAUGUUGAUUUCGCUGAUGGCUCAGAAGGCUUCAUCUGCGGCCUGGUCCGCGGGGUUGAGUGGACGUUCGCCGCAUCACAACAAAGCGUCAGGUGCGACUUCUAUGUCAUUGAAGACUUGUGUACAGAUGUCGUGCUCAACAGCGAGUUCAUAUUUGGACUUGAUGUGUUUUCCGCCCAAUCUGAGUCUCUAUCGGAGCUGCCAGACAGCGAAGACUAUUCAGAGUUGUUGCUCAUCAGCCUCAAAAGCAACGGCUAUUUUAAUUUGCCACAGCGUGAGGAUGUAUUCAACAUUGAUCUGAAUUCACCAGAUGCUUCCAAUCGCCAGCGGGUACUUGCAGAACUCAAUUACCGCGACGAAGUGGACGAUCUAAUCGACACGCUGGACCCCGACAAGCAAGAAGCUGCUGAGAGGGCAGAACUGAGAGACGAAGGUUAUGGGAGGAGCUUCGGCAGACGCACCAACAACUACAAGUUGCUGCCCGACUGAACGGAAGCACUUUGCCAAUGACUGCGCCAACCCAAGACACAAACACGGCGACGAGUAAACGUAGAAGGUGGACCUUCAGGUUUCGCAUACCUUCGUUGAGGGCCGCGAGGAAAGGAGGCUAGGAGCUAGCGGCGCAGCCCAGGUAUCUGGGAAGUCCUUUGAAGCAUGGCGUUCUGGUGUCUGGCGUACUG